CGAGGCCCAUCCCCUCUCCUCCGGUCCAGUAUAAAAACGAAGCUCUGCCCAUACUCCUUUCUCGACGCUUUUGGACGUUUCUUGUCUUGACAGUACAUCCGGAAUCCUAAGCACCAUGGCAGAGGAACGUACCUUCAUUGCUAUCAAGCCCGACGGUGUCCAGAGGGGCCUGAUCGGUGACAUCAUCAAGCGUUUUGAGCAGAAGGGCUUCAAGCUGGUGGGCAUGAAGUUCACUCAGGCUUCUGAGGAGCUUCUGAAGGAGCACUACAUCGACCUGAAGGCCCGUCCUUUCUAUGAAGGCCUCUGCAAGUACAUGCACUCCGGCCCCGUCUGUGCCAUGGUGUGGGAGGGUCUGAAUGUUGUCAAGACCGGCAGAGUGAUGCUGGGUGAGACCAACCCUGCAGACUCCAAGCCCGGCACCAUCCGCGGGGAUUUCUGCAUCCAGGUUGGCAGGAACAUCUGCCACGGCAGCGACUCUGUGGACAGCGCCAACAAGGAGAUCGCCCUGUGGUUCAAGCCAGAGGAGCUGGUGUCCUGGAAGAGCUGCGCAGGCAGCUGGAUUUACGAGUAAAUGGAACCUGCAUCAUCUCAUGUCUCAAUCCUACCCCCACUACUGUGACCUUGUAUUUGCACGAUGAUUGACUCUUUCUCUCCAUCCUUCAAUGCUGUAGACCAGGUCACACGGUUGUCCUUUACUGUCCUUGUAGUGACUGCGGAGCACUUGUGGAAUAUAAAAAAUCAUGUUUGGAGCAUGGCGUUUUAUACUCAUUAAAGCUUGAUCAAGGCUUCAAA